AUGUCAGAGUCGGAUAUCCUCUACAGAUCCAAAAGGGCCGUCAGAGUAGGUCAGCUUGAGAGAUAUAUCAUUACAUAUGAACCAGAAGAACAAGACAUCACAAAACUAUCGCUCAAAUCACUAUGGUUGAAAGUAAGGAACAUAGAGAGUCUACCCAUGAGAGCUGCUUUCCUUAUGGGACCCUAUAUAUUAUAUGUGGAUGUACGAACAGAAGAAUAUCAUCAUAGCAAGUCAACAUUUGUCACAGCUGAUCAACCAAAAUUUGAACCAAAUUUAAGUCCAGGUCAAAGUUUUAAUGCAGAGUUAUCUUUACAUAAUAUCAAGAAGAAAUAUGUAUGGAUAGUGGAUGUUGUUAGUCAAAUAUUGUUCAAUACAUCCACAGAUGUUGGAUUUGAAUUGCUUAUAGGUCGUAAUUUAGAAUCAUUAGGUUUAAAAUUUGAUAAAUUGGGAAGUUUUAAUAAUCAAUUAACUGUGAAUAGGAAAGAUACGUUAGAUUUAUGGAAUUUACCUAAACCAAUCCCUCAAAAGGAUGUGCAUUUAGUAAUAUUGACACAUGGUCUUCAUGGUAAUGUUACUGCUGAUAUGUAUUAUAUUAAAGAACAAUUAGAUAAAGCAGCUAAAGAAUGUGAUGAAAAUUUAAUUGUUAGAGGAUUUUCAGGUAACACAUGUAAAACUGAAAAAGGUGUGAAAUAUUUAGGUAGUAGAUUAGCUGAACAUAUUAUUAAAAAUCUUUAUAAUGAAAAAGUUACCAAGAUUUCAUUCAUUGGUCAUUCACUUGGUGGUUUAGUACAAACUUUCGCCAUUGCAUAUAUUGAAAUAAAUUUCCCAUGGUUUUUCGCAAAUGUUCAAGCAGUGAAUUUCAUCACUUUAGCUUCACCAUUACUGGGUAUUUUCACUGAUAAUCCAGCAUAUGUUAAAGCUGCUUUAAGUGUUGGUAUGGUUGGUAAAACUGGUCAAGAUUUAGGAUUACAAGUCACACAAGGUAAAGACCCAUUAUUAAAGUUAUUACCCACGGGACCAACUCAUAGAAUUUUGAAAAAAUUUCAUAAUAGAACAUUAUAUGCAAAUGCUAUAAAUGAUGGUAUAGUACCAUUAUAUACAUCUGCUUUAUUAUAUUUAGAUUGGAAAGGUUUAACCAAAGUUGCUAAUGCACAAAAAUCAAGAAGAAGAAGCACAGGAGAUAGUUCAACAUCAGAACCAAGUGGGAAAAUACCAAAUGAACAUCAAUUAAGAGAUCAUGAAGCAUUAAAAGAAGUUGACGGUGAAGAUGAUUUCAUUACAAAAGCUACAAAAUCAUUUGUUAACCCAUUUCAAAAAGCUAUUAAUCUAAUUGCACCAAAUGCUCAAUCACAAACCGCUCAAGAUAAGAGUACUAAAAAAGAUGGGAAAUCAAAGCAAGAUGAAGAUAAAAAAGCAAUGAAGAAUUUCCCCAAGACAUCAAUGAUUGAAUCUGCAGCUGCUGUAUUAUUACCACCAUUACCACCUCCAAAAUAUAUAAUUGAUCCAGAAUCACGUCCAAAUGUUAUUAUUCAUGAUCGGGUAUAUACAGAAGCUGAUAUCCCACCAAAAAUUGAAAGACGUAAAACAUUUAUAGAAAAUUUAGAUCCAAAUAAACAUUUUGAAGAAUUAGAAGAAGAAAUUGCUCGUGAAUGGCAUAAAGAUAUGAGUUGGAGGAAAGUUUUAGUUAAUUUAGAACCUGAUGCUCAUAAUAAUAUUCUUGUUAGAAGAAGAUUUGCAAAUGCUUAUGGUUGGAAUGUUAUCGAUCAUUUAAUUGAAAAUCAUUUUAAUUUUAAUGAAUUGAAAUCAGAACCUCAAGAAGAUGAUGAUACACAACUAGAUAGGGAACAACGUUCAGUUACACCAGAUGAAUCUUCAGAAGCUAAAGAAUUGGAAAAUAUAUUGGAUAGAGAUAAUAUCCAAAGAGAUAAUAAAGAAAUUGAUCUUACAGAUGUGAAUGCUCCACCAAAUACUUCUCAAUUAUUAGAGAAAACAGAUUGGGUAAAUUCCAAGAAUGAAGAAAGUUUUUUCGAUGUUGGACCAACUGGAUUCAUUUCAAAUGUUAAUGAAAUGUUUGAAAAUUUUAGAAAUUGGAAUAUUGGUAUUGGUUCAAUUGGGGUUGAAGAUAAUUCAAUUAUUCAAGAUAAUAUUGAAACAAAGAAUGGAGAUGAUGAAGAAAUUACAGAAGAAGAGAAAAUUAGAGGUGAUGAUCCUGUUAGAGAUGUUUAUAACAGAGGGAUUAUGGAUAAUUUUUACUAG